GUUCGAGCCGGGGACCCGGACCGGGAACCUGAGCAAGGUCGAGGACGGCUGGGCCAGGUGCCGGGUCGCAGGUACCCCCGGCCCGAGAUGCGGUAGAAGCAGCGCGCGCGAGAAGCCCGGUCCCCGGUGCCACCAGCUCGUCGCCCGGCCCAUGGCGAGCCCCGGCCUGGGGCUGCUUCUGGCGCUCGGCCUGCCGCUGCUGCCGGCCGGCUGGGGCCGGGCCUGGGGGCAAACGCAGGACCCCCCUAUAAAUGAGAACGGCACCAUUACACCCUCUGACCCAGGCUCUGGCUCCAAUGGGGCCCUGUCUCAGGCGGCCAUCACUGCCAUCAUUGUUGUCUUCUCCCUCCUGGCCGCCCUGCUUCUGGCCGUGGGGCUCGUGUUGCUGGUGCAAAAACUGCGUGAGAAGAGGCAGACAGAGGGCACCUACCGGCCCAGCAGCGAGGAGCAGUUCAACCACGCAGCCGAGGCCCGGGCUCCCCAGGACUCCAAGGAGACAGUGCGGGGCUGCCUGCCCAUCUAGGUCCCCUUUUCUAUCCAUCUGCCUUGCUGUGUGACCUUGGGGGAAGGCAGAGCCCUCUCUGGGCAAUCAAACCUAGCCAGUGCUUAAGAAUAGAAGGGGGAGAAGGUGCUUUAAAGGCUGUGUCCCUGAGGGUGAGGGAGAGUGUGUUGUUCACAUCUUAUAUAUAUACAUACAGUCAGUAGUGAGA